GAGACAGGCUGCGAAGGGGAGGACACUGGCUCACUUCAGAGUGUGCCACAAGGAGUUAUGACAUCUGCCUUCCCAACAGGGACUGAAUCUCCUGCCUGUCGGCGACCAAGAUGCUGAAGAAAGUCAUCGGCUGGCUGACGAUCCGAAAUGAAACCAUCCGGCAGGGACUGGCAGAGGCUCUGUCCACCUUCAUCCUGAUGGUUAUUGGACAGGGCUCUGUUGCCCAGGUGGUACUAGGAAGGAAUAGCUAUGGGCAGUUUCUGAGCAUCAAUCUGGGAUUUGGAUUCGGUGUCAUGUUAGGAAUCCACGUAGCUGGUGGAAUCUCAGGUGCUCACAUGAAUGCAGCAAUUACAUUUGCAAACUGUGUCGUGGGGAAUCUGCCAUGGUACAAGCUUCCGGCGUAUGUGAUUGGCCAGUUCAUGGGAUCCUUCUUGGCUUCUGCUAUGACGUUUGCACUGUAUUAUGAGGCCCUGAUCGAUUAUACCGGGGGGACCCUGACUGUUGGAGGACCCUCUGGCACGGCAAACAUCUUUGCCACCUACCCGUCUCCGUACGUGUCGACUUUGGGCGGCUUUAUAAAUGAGUUCAUGACUACAACUGUGCUAUUGAUCGGAAUCCUCGCCAUCAACGACCUGAACAAUGCAGGUGCUCUUCCAGGCACCCAUGCCUUGAGUAUUGGGCUUCUGGUUGCGGUCAUCGGCAUGUCCUUGGGGAUGAACACAGGCUACGCCAUCAACCCUUCCAGAGACUUGCCACCGAGGAUCUUCACAGCCAUUGCUGGAUGGGGGCUGGAUGUCUUCAAGGCAUCAAAUCAUUGGUGGUGGGUCCCAAUAGUCGCACCGAUGUUGGGAAGCCUCUUUGGAAUUUUCAUCUACAACAUCUUCAUUGACUUUCACAAUCGCCCUCGGCUGGAUGGGAGCAGGAAGCCAGACUGCAAGGGCGAAGAGACCAUUGAGCAGAGUCUGUGAAAUCUGGACUCCCGUCCACCGGAUGCUGGACAGCUCCAUAGCAGACAGCUAUCUGCUAUGACCACAGUGCCCAAGAGCGUGCAAGCAGGCAUCAAUCUAUGUAUUUAGCUAAUAAACAGAGUGCACUUUUUGGGGGGGGGGGAACAGGGCAAGGCUGGAAGGUAUAAGUUCAUUCCUGCCCUGUGCUCUUCUCACUCAGCUGCUGCUAGUGAGCUGCAUCUCAUUGCUUAUGUAAGAGCCUUACUGAAAUCUCUUUAGGCAAGGAUGCUCAAGGGGUGCGCUGUGAGACACUGCCCUUGAAAAAUACACCAUCACUUCAGUACUUUCGGUUAU